CAAAGGGCGGGUUCCUAAAACCGAAGGUCAAGGUCAAGGUUCUCCGUAUAGGUACCAAAUAAAUCAACAAAAAAUUUUACAAACUCAUCCGCUACAUGAUCCAAGGAUGUGGUAAGGCUGCCAUCUUCCAAAGAAAUUAGCUACUUCGUAAUGCUAGAGUCCGCACACUCAACUUAAGUCUCCGUUCGUCUCUUUGCCACCGUAAGUGUGCAAUCAGAACUGUUCCUGGUGACGGAUUCAAUGUUGGGAGGAAUUGCUCGCGGUCGUCUCGCCGAGGAACGCAAAGCAUGGCGCAAAAAUCAUCCUCAUGGUUUCGUGGCUAAGCCGGAGACACUUCCUGACGGAUCAGUAAACUUGAUGGUUUGGAAUUGCACCAUUCCAGGAAAGCCCGGUACUGACUGGGAUGGUGGUUAUUAUCCACUUACGAUGAACUUCAGUGAGGACUACCCGAGCAAACCGCCGAAGUGUAAAUUUCCACAGGGUUUCUUUCACCCUAAUGUCUAUCCUUCUGGGACAGUUUGCCUCUCAAUCCUUAAUGAAGACUCUGGGUGGAGACCAGCCAUUACAGUCAAACAGAUUCUUGUUGGUAUCCAAGACUUGCUAGAUCUGCCAAAUCCUGCUGAUCCAGCUCAGACUGAAGGCUAUCAUCUCUUUAUUCAGGACCCUGUGGAGUACAAAAGGAGGGUACAUCAGCAGGCCAAGCUAUACCCAGCUAUUGUCUAGACAUAUUCCGGUUUAACUGCUUCCUCUUGGCCCCUUUAGUUGUGCAUAAUUGUGGUGAACUGGUGAUGGCCUUGCUAUUUUCUGGAUCUCUUGGACUAUAGCUGCUUUAACCUGUAUAAAUUCUGGUGUUAUUCUGUAUAAUUUGGUCAUGUUUUGCAUACUUGCUUUGAUGGGUGAUUGAUGGAAAAUCAUCAGUUACUCCACUGUUUCCUCGUAAUUUUAUUGUUUUAAGGUAAUACUUUUUAGUCAUAAUAUAUUCAUUACAAAUCAACAUAAUUUAAUCAUAUUCAUUUACUAAUUACAAAAUUAAC